AUGGAUCCAGAAAACGCAACUUGGCCUAAAGAGUUGACGUGGGACGACCAUGUGAAAAGAGCAGACAUGGGAAGUAAUAUUUUAUGCGAUGUAUCUCCACAUAUAAUGUUGAACUCGCAUGGCGCGUGGGAGAAAAUGGCGUUUGGAUCCGAAGGAUUGGCAUUCUGGGAGUAUCCACUUCCUAAAUUGGAGAUUAUAAUUCUCUUCACAUUCUUAUCAUGGCGUUUAUUUGAUGCGUUGUUCAAGAAGUUAGGUGUUCCUAUUCCCAAGUUCACCUCCAUGAUGCUUGUUGGGGCAGUCUUAAGCGAGGGGUUUCAACCGAUACAAAUGUCAUGGUUUCGAGACAUCUUUCUCCCUGUCAAAUAUAUGCCAAAGGUUGCUGAGACCAUUGGUACAUUUGCUUUUGUCCUGAAUUGGUUCCUAAGAGGUGUGACUAUAGAUGUUGGUAUGAUAAAAAAGUCCAAAGCUAAAAGUAUUGUAAUUGGAGUCACCUCAGUGAUUAUCCCUUGGUACAUCGGAAAACUCGUCUAUGCAUCUAGAGAGCAAUCGGGUAUCUUGAGCAUGACGAAUAAAGAGUAUGGUGUAGUCAUAUUAACCAUGAGCCUGACGCCUUUCACUUGCAUCAACAUGCUCCUUACAGAUCUCAAGAUAGUUCACACUGAGUUUGGACAAAUCGCUCAGUCUUCGGCGAUGAUAACCGAUGUUAUAGCCUUUUCCCUGAGCAUAGGGACUCACAUUUGCGGCGAUUCUGGUAUGCAGAUGGGAGUUGCUUUUAUGUUCUUCGUCGUUUUCUUGUGCCUUGUGAGACAAGCCAUGUUUUGGGUUAUUAGACAUACACCGGAGGGAUCACCUGUUAAGAACAUCUAUCUCUACAUUGUUCUACUUCUCGCUUACAUGUCUUAUCUUUACUGGAGUCACUUCCUGUUCUUCGGACCGCUAGGGGCGUUUAUUUUUGGUUUGGCUAUCCCGGAUGGACCGCCAUUAGGAUCAGUAUUUAUACAAAAAUUUGACAGCUUCAAUGUGGGAAUUUUCUUACCUCUCUUUGGAUCACUUACCAUGAUUAGACUAGAUUUGUCAUCUCUACUAGUGGAGCAACGACAUAUCGAGGAGUGUUUUUCAUUCCUUUUCGUCUUAUACAUAGCGAAAUUCGCCACUUCGUUCUUAUCCGCAAUAGCUGCAAAGAUGCCUUUAAGAGACUCAGUGAUCCUAGCUCUCGUUAUGGGCACCAAGAGUAGUUUCGAGCUGGCUUACGUAGUUUACGCCUUCGAAAAGCAAGCCAUUAGUUUAAAGAUUUUAACACUCAUGGGCGUAUACAUUAUGGUAAGCUCGUUGGUAACAUCAAUGGUUAUACAUAUCUUGUAUGACCGGUCCAAGAGAUUCGUAUGUUACAGAAAAAGAAACCUGAAAGAUAAGUCGGAACUUCAAACAUUGGUGUGCAUCAACAAGCCUAACGACAUAACAUCUAUGAUCAGCCUUCUUAGAGCUACUUCCCCAUCUAAAAGCUCUCCAAUGACGUGUUGUGUUCUUCACUUGGUCGAGCUCGAGGGUCAAGCUACUCCUACAUUUAUCUCCCACCAGCUUCAGAAACCCAAGCCUGGAAGCCGGUCUUAUUCCGAAAAUGCCAUAUGCUCAUUCCAACUGUUUCAAGAGAUUAAUGGGGACUCCACUUCUAUAAACAUGUUCACUUCUUUAACUUCCGCUAAUGAGAUGCAUGAACACAUUUGUUGGUUCGCUCUUGAUAAAAAUUCAAAUCUUAUUCUCCUCUCGUUUCACCGCACUUGGGGAGCUAACGGGAACUGCAUUAUCUCGGACGAUCCAACCCUAAGGAGUCUUAAUCGUAACGUCAUGAAACGAGCCCCUUGCUCUGUUGGAAUCUUUGUUUAUCGCAAACCAAUCUGGCAAAUCAAAUCCAUAGAUUCUCCGUGUCGUGUACGUAACUCUACAUUCUACCUUUUCUUCUUAUAA